AUGCAAUUCAAAUCCGUCGUCGUUGCUUUAACCGCUGUCUGUGCCGCUUCCGCUGCCAACGCUUCCAAUGCUUCUAACCACUCCAACACCACCUCCACCUCCAAGGCUGGUGCUGCUCAAUUAGGUGCUGCUGGUGCCGUCGGUGCCAUUGCUGCUGAUAAUUUGGGUAAAAUCAAAGAAGUUGGAGGGAAAAAGUGUUUCAAACAUUAA